UUUUUUUUGUUCUAUUUUUUAAAAUCUAUCUAUGGGAUUUAAAAAUGAAUACUCCCUCCCUGAUAAUAAUGAUAAUAUUUUUCAUGCAUCGAAAUGAUCUGUGGGUCAAAUUCAGUCUACUUGCAAGUAAACUUUUUGUGUUGAAACCCACCGAGAAACGAAAUUUGUUAAUUCCGUUUGUUUUCGGUUUGGACUUUUAGGUUUACCGGAACUUGUUUACACUGUAUUAUUGUGCUAAAAUGUAGUCCGUUCCAAAACUUAUUGUAAGAAACGAUUGCACAUUUUAUAUCAAACAGUAUUAUACUGAAAUAUUCUGCAAAUUAUAGAGUAGCUAUCUUUAUAGAUUUUAUUGAGGAUAUCUGUUUACCAUUAAAUUUUACUCGCUCACUGAUAUGGAGUGAAAAGAACUUCCUCCAAUAUGGACUCCAGUGAGCGACGUGUAAUGAUGCUGAGGUUAACUGUGUUUAUCGUUUUUGUUAUUCAAGCCAAUGGACAAGGCCAAAACCCCCCAAAAAGUGUCAAAACACAGGGACAUAUACCAAAUAAUGGCGAAAGGAGAUAUAAUGUGCAAUCUACUCAGAAAGCAUUUGCAGAACAACCUCAUCAGACUGGAGGAGGUGAUGGGCGACCUGAUGUCGGGAAACCAACAGCUUUUAAACUUGCAGAGAGUAAAGAAUGUGCAGAUGAUAUUGUUAAACAUUGUAAUCCCAAGAUAUACAAAAAUAAUUUUGCCAUUUUGGAUUGUUUACAGAAUGACGUGAAGAUAAUGGAAGAUUUAUCACAAGUUUGCCAGCAUUUUAUAUGGAAAUACAAACGAAAUUUAACACAUGAUGACAGAUUUGACUAUGCAGCAGGAGAAGUUUGUAAAGUUGAAUUGAGUCAGAACAAAGAAUGCUCACAGCUUGAGAAAGGCAAAGGAUUAAUAAUACCCUGUUUGGUGGACAGCAUAGAAAACAUCACAGGAAAUUGUCGAACAUACUUGGAGAAAAUGGCUCGAAUUGUGUUCAGCGACUACAGACUUAUUUAUCAUUUUGUGGACCAGUGUACAGCUGACAUUGAGCUUUUCAGAUGUGGACGAGUAGCUCCAAUAGAUGAAAAUGACAUUCAUUCUCAAGGAAAGACAUUAGAAUGUUUGGCAGACAAGAUAGGAGACCUGCGAGAUAGCUGUAGGAAGCAGUUACUGCGUGUGGCAGAGUUGCAGGCUGAUGACUACCACUUAGAUCGUCAGUUGUACUAUGCUUGUCGAGAUGACAGAGAACAUGUAUGUGCAGAUGUUCCAGCAGGAGGAGGAAAGAUAUAUGAGUGCCUGUUUAAACACAAGUUUGAUAACAAAAUGUCCAGAAAGUGUAAGGAAAUGUUGACAAUAAGACAGCGACUUAUAGCUGAAGAUGUGAAGGUAGAGAAGACGUUCUACAGUGCUUGUCACCGAGACAUUAAAGAACACAAUUGUUACAAGAAACAAACAGAGGCAGGGGGAGACUUUCGGAGAGCCAACAUUUUAUUGUGUUUAGAAAAUGCUAUUAAAACAGAGCAACAAAUAAGUCAAGAGUGUCAAGCUGAAAUGGCUGAACUUCGACAAGAAUUGAUGGAGGAUUACUCAAUCAGUCCUGAGAUUUUAACAGACUGCAAGACGGAGAUAUCAGAAUCCUGUGAAAAUGGACUAGAGAAAGGGGGUAAAACCAUUCACUGUUUGAUGGAUUUAGCACGCCCUACAAGAGACAGAGCACACAAUAAGGAAUCAAAAAUCUCGCCGAAAUGUCAAAGAGCUCUGGAGGCAUUGAUUCAGGAAGCAGACCCUGCCGGUGACUAUCGGAUGGACCGGGUGUUACAGAGGGCAUGUGAGCCUGUGGUACAACAAGGAUGUAAACACAUACAGCCAGGGGAUGCUAGAAUAGUUAGCUGUUUGAUGGACCACCUAGACUCUGAAAUCAUGACUGAUGAAUGUGAGGAGAGGCUGAUGGAGAUACAGUACUUCGUGGCCAGGGACUUCAGAUUGGACCACCAGUUGUUCAGCAAAUGUCGGCGCAAUGCCAGGGAGCUUUGCGGAAUCAAGGGUGAUUGGCUUGAGACUCGACACAAAGAUGAUGAGAGACCAGCUUAUGUCAUCGCAUGUUUGUUCAGACAUUUUAAACAGGAAAAGAAAAUGAAAGGGAAUACAAGAGAUUCGUCCAAUGCACAGAAAGGGAUACAGGUCUCCAAGCAGUGCAAGUCUGAGAUCAAACGAGUCAUGAGACAGAGAGCUCACCGAGUUCAGCUGAAACCUGAGAUCGAGCAAGCUUGUCUCAAGGACCUUGGGAUGUACUGCUCAGAUGCUGAUGACCCUGGUGCAAACCAAGAAAUUCAGUGUUUACAAGAACAUUAUGACAGUUUAGAGGCUGAGUGCCAGGAUGUCAUAGGGAACUUUACAGAGGAUGAAGAUGAAAUGCCAGAGCUGGACAUCAUUCUGAUGAAGGCUUGCACCCCAAUGAUUAACAAAUUCUGUGACACCGAUGAAGAUGGUGAAGGAGAUGACUCAGAUGAAAUCAUGGACUGUCUGAUAAGAAACAAGAACAAAAGAGAAAUGAAUGAGAAAUGCAAAGCAGGCAUAGAACACCACCAGCUGAUUUCAAUGAAGGAUUUCAGAUUUGAUCACAAAUUCAAAGAAGCUUGCAAACGUUCUGUUUCAAAGUUCUGUAAACAUAUGAAAUCAAAAAGUGAUGUCAUUUCCUGCCUCAGUGAAUAUGUCAGAAAUGAUACAUUGUUAGAAAACACACACCACAUUGAUAAAGUUUGCAGAAAACAGCUCCGAGUAGAAGUCUUAGAAAGGAGCGAAGAUGUCAACCUGGAUCAAAAACUGUUUAAAGCCUGCCAUAAAGAUAUGAAAGAAAAGUGUAGUGGUGUUGAAGCAGGAAAUGCUAAGAUGGAAGAAUGCCUUAAGAGCCACCAAAGGUCCUUGUCUGCAAAAUGCCACAAACUUCUCUUCAAGCGGGAGCAAGAAGAAGCUGUGCUUGGUGAUUAUAAAGUACACUCAGUUUGCAAAAGAAUGAUUAAGACAUAUUGUAAUGAUGAUGACUUAGAGGAAGAUGAAAUUCUGCCCUGCCUAAAGAAGAACAAAGAUAAGCUGAACUUUGAUGAAAAAUGUCGCCAGCUCAUAAUUAAGCGAGAAAUUGCAGAAAACAAAGACUAUAGAUUAAAUCCUGAACUACAGAAGAAGUGUGUCAUGGACAUUCCCAAAUUCUGUUCACAUAUUCUCAAAACUCAAAAUAAUGAUCAGGAGUUGGAGGGCAAGAUUGUUACAUGCCUGAGGAAACAAUUUGCUGUGAAGAGAUUGUCCAGAGGCUGUAACACUAUCAUCAGAGAUGUUAUAAAAGAUUCUGCACAUAAUUACAUGGAGGAUCCAGUGCUGGCAACUGCCUGUGAAAAGGAGAUUGUUGAAUUCUGUGGGGAUGAACACAAGAUGGCAAUGAAGGAAAAGAAUUCAGUCAGUAGAAAUAAAGUAGAAAUGGUACAAAUUCAGGAUAGCAAUGGAAGAGUGGUGGAGUGCCUGAAGAAAAACUUCCUUAACCGUAUCAUCACAAAUGUUGCUUGUAAACAGGAAAUUGAGCGUGUGAUACAGGAAGCACAGAUUGAUAUUAAUGUGGACCCCAUACUGCAUAUGUCAUGUCAACGUGACCUUCAGAAGUUCUGUGGUGACCUGGAGCCCGGAGAGGGGCGGAGAAUGGCUUGCCUGCUGUCAGAGCUCGAGGACCACCCUAAACAGAUCUCCAAAGAAUGCUAUAAAUUGUUGGAAAGGAGAAAACAGUUGUGGGAGCUGGCAGCGCAGGGUAAACCAAUUGAGGGCUUUCAGGAUGUAUAUCAGCAGAUUGUGGCCUCUCCUUCUAAGAACUAUCUCCUGUUUGUCAUAUGUAGCAUCAUAGGAGUCUUCUUUCUCGUGGGUAUUACAUGUGGACGAGUCAGCAAACGAGUGGCCAAGCAGAACAAAAUGAAAUAAAACAUACGAUUACAUUCCAUUCUGUACACGCAGCUUCCAUCAGAGACCAAAUUCAGCAGUUUUCUUGUAGUUUUAUUCACCUUUGAUUUUUUUCUAGUUAUUUUUAUUUUGUAGUAACUUCUGUAAAUUUCACCUUCAAUGGAAGUAAAAUGCAUUCAUGAAUUUGAGACUAUAGUAUUUUCAAUACAUGUAUAUAUAGUGUGGUCUAUAUUUUGGAUUUAGACCUCUUUCUUAUAUGCUCAACAAAAACCCUCUGGGAAAAGAUCAAAUUUUGUUGGUUGAUAGAUGAAAAAAAUCAUCCUGUUUUAAGUGUGUAUGCACUCUACCAAAAUGUAAUUUAUUUAGUAGGACAUCUAUCUGUGAUUCCUGUAUUAGCUGCAUAUUAUCUUUACAUACUUUGAGAUUGUUUGCAUUUCAUACACAUUGCAAUUGUUUGUACUGUACAAGAGGAUUAUGUAAUGAAUAUAAUGAGAUGGUAUGAUUGUUAAUGAAUUAAUGAGUCAGGGAUUUGAAUGUGUACAAGUUUUUUCAUCCAUGUGAACUUGCAGUAGCAUAGAAAUGAUGCGACAAAGUUUACAUUAGGUUUAUGAAAGUUUUGAAAUCAGUAACUUUGUAAAAUAUUUUUCUAAACACUUUUAAAAAAUGAAAAAUUUGUCCGUGUGAGUAGUUCCAGACUUUGUGGGUAAAAUGAAAGUUGGAUAGAUGGUGCUUCUCCAUACAUGCACCAACUAUGAAGUCAUACUUAACAUAAAGUCAAAUGCAUGGUGUUUAAUGCUUCAAAAGGUGCAGAAAUACUCGGGGGUUGGGGGUGUUAAGACUUGAGAUUCAUCAUACAUAUAAUCAACAAGUUUGGAAUAGGUUCUGCGAGAUUGGGCCUUGAAAUGCAGAAGAUUGUGGGUCAAAUUCACAUGAUUUUUUAAAAAAUCAUUCCAUUUGCCAUGUGUCAACUUUUGUACAAAAAUUUAACCCUAUUUUGUUAAAAGUGGCAAUUGCAGAGUAUUACUUCAACAAAUUUCAAAAUGUCUAAACCUUGGAUAAUGACACUAAGAUGUUACACAAUGUCUUGAUUUACAUGUAACACAUCCACACAAACAUAUUCUUGAUUUCAUCGGCAGUCCAGAAUGGUAUGAAAAUUAUUUAUAUCAUCAACAGGUAUAAAGUUCAGAAAUUAAUGUAUACUUUUGUCCACACACCUUAAAUUAUGUUCAUGUCCAUAGUACUGGUGGACAUUUUGUCCUUUUGAUAUAUCCGCUAAAUGUACGGAUAAUGAUGUUGGAGUGCACAUUGCUUAUUGUAUUACCAAAGCUUCAUGUGUAAUUGACAUCUCAUUGAGUUGAUGUUUUUUUUAACCAAAUAUUUUCUGCAAUAUCUUAGUAAACAAUACAUGUACUAUUUUAAUUGCCUCUAGCGAAAAUCCAUGAGAUUAUGAUCUGCCAGAGAGAGUCUUUUUGAAAAUUCAAAUCGAUGAAUAGGCUAUUUUUGAUGAUUUGUGAGAGUUCACAUGUGUGAGACAUGUUACACAGUUAUAGAACAAUACUGUAAUUACCAGGGUUGUAUGAUCAACUAAUAGAUUAAAACAUAGUUAAUCAAUUAUUCUCCACAAGUAUGCGAUCAGAAUUGUUCAAGAAAUUGUAUUUUAAUUUUGUGUAUGUGUGAUACUAACAUUUUGUUGAACAUUUCUGAGAAACUUUCUGCCCUAUACUACACCAAUAUCUGUGUCCUGUAUUCAUAGUGGUUGGAAUUGCUGAAGUUUUGUAAGGACAUUGCCCGUUAUUUGUAAUUGUUGUUAUAAACAUCUAGUAGCAAGUGAACAAUAAUGUUUUGGUGCUUUAACUUGUUUAAUUUAAUUACAUAAUGUCCCAAUGAAUAUUAUUGCUAGUUACAAUUAUAAAUCACAUGUUUCACGAUUUUAUCAGAACUGAUUUUUUACCCAUGGCCAUAUGAUAUUCCUUGUUCCACCAAAUUUUGACCAAAGUUAAACUUGGAUAUUUUUUGAGUGAAUCACUGAAUUUGCAAGUACAAUUAGAUUUCAGAUUUUGUCCGAUAGACUGUUAAAAUAGGCCAGAGUUCUUGUCAAUGUGUGUGACAAUGUGGUUAUUUAUUUUUGUCUUGUUGCUAGCGUACAUUUCGUGUCUAAAAGUAGCUUUAGAUAAAAUGUCUCUUAAUACUUGUUUUAUUUUUCUACUGAAUAUACAUGUACAUAUAUUUUACUGGUGUAGAAAUUUGAAGCCUUGUUGGUUUGAGUGCUUUUAAAAAGUAGAAUCAGAUUUCAGCAGUCUAAGAAUAAUAACAACAUUUGAUUCAAGCAGUUCAUGGUAUGGUACACAUGCAACAACAACGGUAUUGUUUGUUUUUUAUUUUUGGGGGGUGGGGGGGUGUUAUUUAGUUGGUUGUUGGGUGUUUUUUUUUGGUUGGUUUUUUUUUUAAGGGGGGGGGGGCGGUGUCAGAAGUGGAUCUUUAGAACUAAGCUUUUUAGUUGAAAAUCAAAUCAUAUGAUACCUUUGUUUUUAACAUGUAAGACCUCUUCCUUACUCCAACCAGAGUUAAACUUUAUAUUAUUCUCUUUAUGUUUAACACAUGUACAAUACAUGUAUUGAUAAUGAACAUGCAUUUCUUUAUAUUAAUUAUUUUUGUAUAUUUAUAUUUUGAGAGUCUAAAUUACAUUACUGGUGGUAGUCAUUUUGUUUCAGUUAAAAAAUUCAGCAUUUUUUUUUUCUUUUUUCACAUCAGUAAAGAUUUAUUUACUGUUUUAAGUUUUAAUAUUAAAAUACUGGUUGAGGUUUCUACCUAUGUGCACCAUGUUUAUGUUUGUUGUGACAUCAUGUAUUUCAAAUUAGAAGUAAUGUCAAAAUAACAUGCAAAUAAGAUGUUAAUUAUGUCUGUGUUUGAUUGUAAAUUACAGUAAUCAUACAAAUUGAAUAAAUGAUAUGUUGACACAUA